AUGUCCAUAUUUGCCAAAUUUGCGAAAAUCGGAUCGGGCGACUGGUUGGUCUGGGUCAUCACACCCUUUGGCCGUCGGAGACGGAGAGUUGAACGCAUUUCUCACGGCUUACGUCGAGCAUUCAACACAUAUUGCUUCUUUGGCCGAGGCAUUCUCGCUUCAUUUCCUCAAGAGCCUAUUCCAGCAGAUGUCGGCCGACUUCGCCCAGUCCAAUUCUCUGAGUAUGACUCUCUGCAGAUUUCAUCUUCCAAUCCUGAAAUAGCAUGA